UUUAAAUAUACAAGAACAAUUAAGUUUACAUUACGCGGCACAUGGUGUGAUGUUGGUUCACACGUGAAAGGCUUAAGCGUUAAGACAACCUAAAGCAGUCGUCCGUUACAAAACUUCCAACUCUCUGGACUUUCUCAACCUCUGUCGUCUUCUUUCUUUUCUCAGACAUGAAGAUUGGUCAUUUCUGCUCAGAUUUCUCAUUCAAGGGAUGUUAAGGUUCUUGUAAUCUGUUGUAUUAUUUGAUUCAGUACAGAUCUUUUGUGAAGCCAUUUUCCUGGUAGACCUUGAAAAUCCUAAAAGACCCAAAUUCCAAUUUUUAUUGCAAGUACUAGACAAUCUCAUCAAUCCUAGACACCUAGCACUACGUCUCUGGUCAAGGAAAAAAAGUAUCAAUGUCUGAUUCAAAUCCCAAAUCAUCCUUGAUCCCUCCAUCGUCCUCUCCAAAACUCCCAGAUUUUAAACAAUCUGUGAAGCUUAAAUACGUGAAGCUUGGCUACCAUUACCUUAUCACCCAUGGAAUGUACCUAUUUUUAUCUCCUCUUGUUGUCAUUGUCGCUGCUCAGCUAUCUACAUUCUCUGUCCAAGAUCUCCAUGACCUUUGGGAUCAUCUCAAAUUCAAUCUCAUAUCUGUGAUCCUGUGUUCAACCCUACUUGUGUUUUUGUUGACCCUUUACUUCCUCACUCGUCCCCGCCCUGUUUACCUUGUAGAUUUCUCCUGUUAUAAGCCUGAUGAUUUGAGAAAAUGUACCAGGCAGAUUUUUAUGGAAAGGUCUCAGUUAACGGGUUCUUUUGCUGAGCAAAGCCUUGAGUUUCAAAGGAAAAUUCUUGAAAGGUCAGGGCUUGGAGAGUCAACUUAUCUCCCUGAGGCUGUACUCAGAGUUCCUCCAAAUCCAUGUAUGGCAGAGGCGAGGAAAGAGGCUGAGGCCGUGAUGUUUGGUGCAGUCGAUCAACUAUUUGAGAAAACAUCUUUGAAACCGAAAGAUAUUGGGAUCUUGAUUGUGAAUUGUAGCUUGUUUAAUCCAACUCCCUCUUUAUCUGCUAUGAUCAUUAAUCAUUAUAAACUCCGAGGGAAUAUUAUUAGCUAUAAUCUGGGGGGCAUGGGUUGCAGUGCUGGUUUGAUAUCAAUUGAUCUGGCUAAAGAUCUUCUUCAAGUACAUCCUAAUUCUUAUGCAUUGGUCAUUAGCAUGGAAAAUAUUACUUUGAAUUGGUACUUUGGGAAUGACAGGUCAAUGCUUCUUUCGAAUUGCUUGUUUAGAAUGGGAGGGGCUGCCAUUAUGCUUUCCAAUAAAAGGUCCGAGGGGUGGCGUUCCAAGUACAGACUGGUUCAUACAGUUAGGACGCACAAGGGUGCUGAUGAUAAGUGCUUCUCUUGUGUUACUCAAAGAGAGGAUUUUACUGGGCGCAUUGGAGUUUCUUUGUCUAAGGAUUUGAUGGGAGUAGCUGGGGAUGCUUUAAAGACUAAUAUCACUACCUUGGGCCCUCUUGUUUUGCCAAUGUCCGAACAGCUGCUCUUCUUUACCACAUUGGUGGGGAAGAAACUUCUCAAGAUGAAGAUUAAGCCAUACAUUCCAGAUUUCAAACUGGCGUUUGAGCAUUUUUGUAUCCAUGCUGGUGGAAGAGCUGUGCUGGAUGAACUGGAGAAAAACCUUCAGCUUUCCGAUUGGCAUAUGGAACCCUCAAGAAUGACACUAUAUCGAUUUGGUAAUACUUCAAGCAGCUCUCUUUGGUACGAAUUGGCUUAUACAGAAGCCAAAGGAAGGAUGAAGAGGGGGGACAGAAUGUGGCAGAUAGCUUUUGGAUCUGGAUUCAAAUGUAACAGUGCAGUCUGGAAAGCUCUGCGGACCAUAAGCCCAGCUAAGGAGAAGAAUCCAUGGAUGGAUGAGAUACACCAUUUCCCAGUGGAUGUUCCCAAGUUUUCAGCCAUAUAAAAGUGGUAGCAGUGGUUUCUCAUUUCUUUGCAGGGCAGGAGCUUCUGGUGAUGAAAGCAAAAUUCUUUCUUUUAGUGAUGAAUCUUUUUAGUGUCUGCUUUUGCUGCAGAUUUAUUUAGGGAUUGUUAACUAUAUUGGUGUUCCUUUUUAAGCUAUGAGUGAACUAGAAUGAGGUAGUAACUACGGGAUUUAGGUGGCAUUGUCCCCAUUUUAGCAAGAAUGUGAUCACUGUGCAAUACAUUUUUUUUUCUUUA